GAGGCCGAGAGUACCGCCCCUUCGUCGGCCAAUGCUGAGAGCCACACCAAACCUACCGACACACCCGCCCCAAUGCUUAAACACCCGCCCCAAUCUCCUCGUGGCGACGCGUGGCCCGCACCGCGCGUCGACACGGCUGCUGCCAAAGAGUCGCGCGCUGGUGACAAGGCACCCAGUCCGAAACCACUGGGCUCUCCAGCCACCCAGGGCUCCAAGAGAAGCGCAGACGGCUCUGUCAAGGCCGCCGGUGUGGCCCUCGCGACACCCUCUACCUCCAGACCCAUGACCGCCCACAAGAGAAACAAGAGCAUGGAUACACACUCGGGCACUCGCAUUGGAGAGCUAUCUGCCCAGCUUAAGACGCGUCUUUCGUACGCCAUGGUCAAGGUCCAAAACGGCUGGGAGAAACAGUCGCUCGAAGAGUUGGAAGAAAGUCAAUCGCAGCGCGGAUCGCCCAACUCUGCUCCUGGCAGAAGCGAUUUCUUAGCAUUCGACUCGCCUGCCGAUAGCGAACGACGACGGAGACCGAGUGGCGUCUCGGAUAUCUCCGAUCAGAUGAUCAUGUCACCGGUCUCUGAUCCCACACGAUCACAUGUGGGAACACCAGGCCCGUACUGGACACCGGCUACCCGUCCUGCAAUGCAUGCUGCCGCAAACCUCAUCUCCAUUACUGGUGCCCACCACGGUCACGGGCCUAGCCAUGGCCAUAGCCUUGCUCCAGCCCCCACAUUCCAGAGCUCACGAAGACGCCGCUCUACAGUCUCACAUAUUCCCCCUCCUCUUCUAGCAACCGGCCAAAGAAAACACUACAGUGACUUGAGUGGGGACAUGCGAUCGCCAGCAACACCCAGAGCAGGAAUCCUUCGUAUGCCUAGUCAACAGGCAGAAAAGGACGCGGUCGAUACGUUGCUCUUCAUGAGCAGUCCAAACAAUUCGCAGCGCUUUCCCGUGGGCACUCUAGAGCCAAGUCCGCUCAGGACUGAAGCUCCUCAACGACGAGUCAUGUUCGAAGCCUAUCCUCCACAGGAUAAACACGUCGUGUAUCAUCAUUCUUCUAUGCCCGCACCUCCACACCACCAUCAGCACGGACCCUACCCAGCCCAUCCAGCUAGAUAGAGCUGGCAAUCAUGUCUGCGCCAUGCAGCGGUUCCCUUUUUUUUCUUUAAUUUUUUUUCCAACACUUUUGUUCCCAAUCAUGAUGGCAUUGCAUUGCAUGGAAAAUGGCGUCGCGAUUGCUGUUGUUGCGCAUGCUGUCUUUGUUCUGAACUGAUUGAUGUACAUCACUUGACUGUCUAUGCAUAACAUACAUAUGGGAGCGUGCAUCUUUUGCCUGUCAUCAAAAUCUCUGGACGGCUUGGCGGAGAAGUGUAUUGAUUUGCUUCUUUCCAUGUUCGCUUGUGCAUUUUUACUUUUCUGUCAUGGCGGCUUUUGCUUUUAUCAUUGUUCAUGCAGGACUUGCGGCCUGGGCCUUUUUGGUGCAUACAAAAAAGUCUUAUUUUGAGCAUUAUGACAAUGUAACGAUUGUAUGAAUAUAGGCAAUUAAGC